UUUCGUUUCUUUUCCUUCUUCUCCCGCCCCCUUUCUCUCAGUUUUCUGUUCCUCUGGUGUUUUGUUCGAAUUGUAGAUCGAGAGCGUCGUCACCCGCGAGCGCGUUCCUUUUUUUUUCGAUAACGUGCGCGCGGAGAGAGACGCGUGAAGGGCCACUUUCGCGCGUUGUCGACUUUGGAAAGACAUUGGAGAUACCUUACCGAGGGGACGACGUCUCGCGAUCGCAUCGCGGAGCUGGUUAUCUUCUAGAUGUGUUCGGCUGAAUAGAUGUUUCGACACACUUGGUUCGGACCCGGUUGUGAUCGAAUAUAAGUGCGCGCGUGUGGUUCGUGUGUGUGUACAUGUGCCAUCAUCGCCACCAUCCGCAGCAGUGACCGGAAAAGAAGAGGACUCGACCCUAACAGUAGCCGGAACCACCGAAAAAUGGAUGCAAAGUCGCAGCGAGUUAUCUCCGGUUUGCUUUUGUUCGCUCUCGCCACAUUACAGCUCGGUUAUGCCAGGAACGGACCCAAUUACUAUGGCACAUUGAUCGGACCUUUACAACAAUACGCGCAUGGUAUUAAAGGUACAGUGUACGCCGUUGAUGACGCAACGAUAUUUAUAAAAGGAUUUUCUUACGAUGGCACCGGUCCGGAUGCUUAUUUCUGGGUCGGAAACACCUCUCAGCCUAAUCCCGAUGGUUAUAUCGUACCUUAUCCCGAGUCUGAUAGCAGUAGCUCUGAUCCACGAGUAUUGAAGGCAUACAAUCACACGGACAUUAUUCUGAGGUUACCCGGAGGAAAACGUAUACGAGACAUCAAGUGGCUGAGCGUUUGGUGCAGGAGAUUUACGGUCGAUUUCGGCGAUGUCUAUAUACCGAGCGAUUUGAAAGUACCGAAACUACAAGUACUUCCUGAGUUUUCGAGAUUGGCGCACGGUCUUCGCAGCGGUAAUAUCAGUAUUCUCGACAGUAAAACCAUCUACAUUCCGAAUUUACAUUACGACGGUGAGGGCCCGGACGCUUUCUUCUGGGUUGGCAAUGGCUCGGAACCUAGUCGUUUUGGAAUCAAGGUUCCCAAUGAAGUGGGCAGUUUGGAGCGACUGAGAGGAUAUCAAGGAGAGGACAUUGAGAUCGUCUUGCCGGGAAACUUGACAGUGUACGACAUCCAUUGGUUUGCAGUAUGGUGCGUUGAAUACAGACACAAUUUCGGCCAUGUUCUAAUUCCAAGGGAUCUCGACGUUCCUCCGGCUCUUGGCCAGACGAAAAUUACGCCGCCGUGGUGGUACAAUCCAACGAGUACACCUAAGACAGUGAACAACUGUAAAGAGAUGCUGGAGGGCCGUGUUCAAGUGAUGUGGCAGCUAAUGGGUGAAGAUGUACAAAUACAGAUCUCGGGUCGCAUCAGGGAGGACCAAUACGUGGCGUUCGGACUGUCGGGCCGAGAAGGCCAGGCCGAGAUGAUCGGCGGCGAUGUCGUCGUGAUCGGAUAUAAUAAUAGAACCGGCAAUUUCAUCGCCGAGGAUUACUACAUGUCGGACAUCGCUCAGUGCGACGGCAAGAAGGGUGUGUGUCCGGAUAAAAGAGUCGGCGGAAGGAACGACGUGGUAUUAGUGCGUGGGGAACGAAAAAAUGGCAUAACAACAGUUACAUAUACGCGGCCGCUUAGGACUAAUGAGCCGGUGAAAGACAGAAUGAUUCCGGAAAGGGAAACAAGUGUGAUCGCUGCCAUCGGACUUCUGAAUGCACGAGGCGAAGCCAAUGCUCAUGAGAAAUUGGAUAAGACCGAUGAGGAUAUUCGUAUCGAUUUUACGUCAAGCAAUGUCCACGAGUGUACAAAUUCCCUAUACAAUAUUCCGGACACUCCUGAGAUCGAACCCUGGAAAGCGGCUGUUAUUACAGAUAAGGAUACUUUCACAGCUAAAAUUGGGCCGGCUGGCUCAAAUAAAGGAUACUCGCGAAUAACAGGAUACUCGCAAAUACCAGGCACACCCUCUUGGGGUAUUGCGUGGUAUAUCAAUGACUUGCUGAUCCCGGAGAUCACAGUUGAACGAGGUCGAACAUACACCUUCAUCGUGGAGGGUGGAAACGAUCCUGUCAAUCCUGCUAAAUAUCAUCCAUUCUACAUAACUGACAGUUCGGAGGGUGGUUUCGGACAGAAAAAUGAAGCGCAACAAAUGGAGCAAAAAGUAUUUGCUGGCGUAAAGCAUAAUUCCGGAUAUCCCUAUCCGACUGCAGCCGGCCGUUACUGCGAAUGGACCCGCACCACGGUGGACAGCGCAGAUAAUUACGACACGUUUGAGAGCUUUUUCCAAACGCUCGAACUCAAGUGUGACAAGGGCGAACCUGCCAAGCUCGUAUGGACCGUAGAAGAGGACACACCGGAUUUAGUUUACUAUCAGUGUUAUACGCACAACCAUUUGGGCUGGAAGAUCAAUGUUGUCGAUGCAAACCAGUCACAGGGAAACAUUAACAGCAUCAAUCACGUUUUGUCCGUGUUUACAACGUUUGCGACAUUUAUCGCACUCCUUUUAUUCUUGAGAUGAAUCGUUAGGUUUUUUCCUUUUUAUGCGGAACAAGUGACAAAAGAUAAAGAUGAUAAUGAAAAAGCUGGUCGAUUUAAAGUCACGAAAAUUAUACAUACGAUUGUUAAAUCGGCGAAACACAUACAAGGUUGUAAGAAAGUAUUUAGCAUGUAAGAGAUAUACUUGUAAGGUAAAAGAUUAGCAAAAUAUUUUUAAGAC